ACUCCACUCAGCUUUCUUUAGUUGUACAGUUAUCAUCUGGGGAAACCUUCCCCCUCUACACUACAGCAGUUAAAGGAAUAUUUGGAAUAGCAAAGUAUUUUUUUGCAGCGAUUUCUCUUUGUGAUCUCAAUUCUCCAAAAAAUUGAUCUGAAUUUGAAUCCAUCUGGUCUCAGGAUUGGAAAACUAUUCUCCAAGCAGAUCAAAGAUGUUUAUUAUGAUCAAAGUUCAAUUCUUCAUCUUCGUUCUAGGGAGUGUGCCUUUCAUAGCACUUGCUGAAGAAGCAAGCUCAGUUCUAGAGGGAGAAGAAAGUACAACAACAGAUUUCAGAAAUGACACAGAACUUGAAGAAUUACCAACCCUGUUGCCCACAAGACUACAGAGUGUAACCAAUCUCUUGCAGUUUGGACAACUGAUGACCACAGAAAGUGCAUUUGCCCCAGCUGAAGACAGUGAUAAUUCUACUGGUUACAAAGUCAACACAGAAAAUGCUGAUGGCAGACUGAGUGGGGAGCCAGAGAAAACUGAAAAAGGUGGUCUGGAAACAAUUGCAUUAGUUGGAAUAAUUAUUGGAGUCAUAGUUGCAGUUGGAAUCCUUGCAGGAAUCAUCAUCGCUGUUGUAAGGAAGAUGUCAGGCAGGUACUCGUAAGUAAAUUGUUACUCAGGCUUUUCAAACAAGCACCAUCCUCUGAGCAAGGUCACAGGGAUUGCUUUGGAAAUUUCUAAUGUUGUUUUGACACAAUAACCUGUUUCAUGACCACACAGUGUCAAUGUGAGGUGGGUGAUCUAAACCCACUUACAUACUUCAGAGAAGUUAGUCAGACGCUGUGUGCAGUUAUAACAGUCAUCAGGUGCAUGGGUUUUGGAUUACUCCAUUGCACAGAGGUAAAAUCCACUAUGAAGUAUUACAGGACCAACUUCUAGAAGUGCUGGAUAACAUGUGAGCACAAUUGAUCUUUAUCUUAUUACUCUGGACAUUUGUAGAAGCUGUUCUGGUAUCAACAAGAUUCAUUAAUGCCAUGUAAACCUGAAGUGCUUAUAAACUCCAAACUAGCAACAAAACCACACUACGUUUAACAACUACUAUCAAUACAGCAUUAGGAUAAAGCAAAAUACGAACUGGAAAGUGAAAUAAGGCAUACAAGAGGAGGGAGAAAAGAUCACAUAACAUUUGGGUAAGUAUGAACAUAAAACAUCUGGGUUUCUGUUCUACAGGCCCUGAAAAUAGUUGAAGCAAGCAGCCAUGCCAACUCACCAGCAAAAUAAAAGUGCUUCUUAUAAGAACUAAAGACUAUUCCUGUCUCUGUGUGAGAAGAUGAUCCAUGGAAAAUAUGGUUGAAGAAUUCCAGAUCUAUGGGGAUCCCACACAACUCUAAGGACUCCCACUGCCCCAGACUACAGUGUGGAAUAUUUCAUAAGGUUUUUAUUAACCAGGAGUUCACUAGAACAAGAAAAUGAUUAUACAGUAAGAAAAAACUCAGCAGCAAUGAGAUUUACAUCUGAAAUGUGAUUUGCAGUUAAUAUAUAUAUCCUAGCUUGAUUGAAAAAAAAAAAAAUAAAUCUCCAGAAUCCUAAGUGAUUUUGGCUGGUUAAGUGCUUGUGGCAUUUUUAUCUACCAAAUGAUGUAUCAAAAAGGAGGAAUUGGCUUCAGAGAGAACCAAUUAUUUACAAGAUAGAUAUUGGAAGCUAAAUCUUUCCACUAUUGAUACAGAUUUUCUGCUCUUGAUAUUUACAUUAUGUGGCAAAACAUGGUAGGCCCAGCUGGAACUGACCUACCAACUGAAAGCUUGCUCUUCUGACUGCUGCACCAGGCAUUUCCUGUCUUCUCCUGUUGCAGAGACAUGCAGUGAUUGAAAUACACAUCCUGAAUUAAAGGGUGCUUGGAAAAUACCCAGUUUUGAUGGGUCACUUUAAGCAGUUACUCAGCCCACUUUAGAGCUGAUAUGUAGAAGCUUUUGAAUUAGCAUAUACCAUUUUUUUCUUUCUAACUGUAUAGUUGGCUUGUUUGAAAACACGUGUGCAACACAAGAACAGAGUAUGUUAGUAAGGUAUAAAGCAUCUCUGGAGUCCACAGCUUUUCUGCGGCAUGUGGAGUGCUGCAGUACCUGAAUUCACAGAGUUCAGAGCAAAGGCUCUGUAUGUCAAGUGAUAUGCAUCAUGUUUUCUAAACUUUAAGGCACUUAAGUGUUUGGUGUAAAAAUCAUGGUAAUCCAUAUGGUCAAUAAUUGUUAAACAUGUCAACUUAACCAUAUGUGCUUUUCUGUUUCAUUCAUGUGCCUUGAACUAUCAUUUCAAGCUUUGGAAAUAAAAAUUAUAAUGUAAACUGUCCUA